AGAACCCCCCAGUAUGGCGGGAGGCUGAACCCAAAAUGGCGCCUUGGCACAGGUUUCAAUGAUGGCGCGUCAUGGCGCCACUUUUAUUCUGCUGGCUGGUCUAUUCAGCCUGAAGACGGUCGCCGACCAGACGAAAUGUCCUAGUUUAGCGGCGAAUCCUUCGUGCCAAUGUUUCAAUUUCGAAAAUGGAAUUCUCUUGGAGUGUCCAGCCGCCACGGCGGAAUCAGUCAAAUCGGUUUUGGAAAUCAUCGAAGGAUCCGUCCAAAGCCUCAAUAUUUAUGAUCCAGACAAAACAAUGGUCAAACUUCCAAAACAUUUUUUCCCCGACUCGACUAUCAUCAAACACCUACAAAUCUCGCAAAGCAGUAUUCAAGAGCUACACGACGACUGUCUACUCCCCCUCAAGCCGUACCUGGAGUCCUUCAGCUUGGUCUCGGGGAGACUUAAGGAAAUCCCACAAAAGGUGUUUAAGGGUUUGAACAAGCUGAUAGCUCUUGAUUUAGAAGCUAAUGUUAUUGUAGAUUUGCCAAGUUAUAGUUUCUACGGGUUGCAUCUGAUCAAGCUCAAUAUGAAAGGGAAUCAUAUACAAAAGGUAUCCGAAUACGCGUUCGCAGGAUUGGAAGACUCACUAUCGGAAUUAGACAUGGCUGAAAACAAACUCAAGACUUUUCCAAUUAAAUCGCUGAGACGACUCGAAAGGCUGCGACACUUGCGUCUAGCCUGGAAUGAAAUUAAUGCCAUUCAAGAUGAUACCUACUCAAGACUCAGUUCCCUCCUUUACCUCGAUCUCAGUUUUAACAAUUUCGAAAAACUAGAGGAGCACUCUUUUAGAAUAUUUCCCGGAGUACGUACUUUAUCACUUUACUACAACGCCAUAGAGACUGUUCAUCAAAACACUUUCUCAGCACUUGUUGAUCUCCAGUCACUCGAUUUGAGCCACAAUAAAAUUGUAUAUUUGGAUCAAGUUUCCUUCCAAAAUAACAAGAAAUUACGAUCGAUAGAUCUCAGCCAUAAUCACGUCCAUUAUAUUAAUGGAGUGUUCGCCUAUCUUCCAGAUCUAAAAGAAGUAUUUCUAUCAGAAAACAAUAUCCUAGAAAUCCCGUCAGACGCUUUUACGGAUUCUUCAAACCUAUCUGUUAUAUAUCUUCAACAAAACGCAAUAAGAAGAGUCGAUCCUGAAGCCUUAGAUAGUUUAAUUAAUUUAUCUCAGCUACAUUUGAGCUCCAAUUUUAUACCUCAUAUACCUAAUAAUUUAUUUCAUGAAAACACCAAUCUAACAUCGCUAAGUUUAGAUAGCAACUGGUUAUCGCAUUUAGAACCAAGAAUGUUUCAAAAAACUGUUAACUUACGGGAAAUUAGAUUGCACAAUAAUAGAAUCCAAUCUAUAACUAGAGGCGUUUUUGACCCACUACCUUCCCUGCUAGAACUGCACUUACAAAAUAACGAAAUAGCGUCGAUAGAUUCCGGAGCAUUUCGAACUCUGCAGUGUCUUCAACACGUAAACCUUCAAGGCAACGUUAUAACCGAUUUAGGAGAUGUAUUCAUGCAUGAAUCACCUUCAUUAGUUUCAAUUCAACUUGGCUCUAAUGGCAUCACCUCAUUACAUAAUGACACAUUAAGAGGCCAGUCUAGUGUACAGAUCAUGUGGCUAGGACACAAUCGUCUAAAACGAAUCACACGUUUACUAUUUAGAGACUUACUAAUGAUUCAACGAGUUUACCUCACCAAUAAUAGUAUUUCCUAUAUAGAAGAUCGAUCAUUCGAACCCAUGCAGGCUCUAAAGUUUUUAGAAUUAAGUUUGAAUCACCUAACUCAGAUAACCCAAACGACUUUUUCUGAGCUAUUCGAGUUGGAAGAACUUUACUUGUCGAAGAACUUGUUAAGAAGCAUCGAACCGCAAUCUUUAACAAAUUUAAAGAAGCUAAGGAUACUUGAUCUGUCAUGUAAUCCUUUAAUAGUGCUACACGAUAAUAUUCUUCAAGAAGGAUUACCUAUUAGAAAUCUUAAUCUGUACAAUUGUUCUAUUCAGAGAAUUGAUAGUGGUGCUUUUAGAGGACUUAAUAACUUAAACGAACUGAAUUUAGCUGUAAACGAAUUAACUUCUAAGGAUUUAAGUGCGUUGGAUAUUCCUGGUUUAAGAGUGUUGAAGUUGUCCAACAAUAAUUUUAGUACUUUGCACGGGUUUUCUUUAAACGGUCUGCCGUCGUUGCAGACAAUAUUCUUGGAUCACUGUAAAAUAUCCAGAGUUCCAGACGAAUUGUUUUUUAAAAACAAAAAUUUACUGCACAUAGACUUGAGUUACAACUUUAUAUCGGACGUAGGAUACAAAGUGUUUUCAAAUUUAAACGUCCUUAAAGAACUUAAAUUGUCUAGUAACUCAUUUGCUGAUCUGCCAUAUACGGCUCUUCUGAACAUAUCGACAAUGGAAGUUUUAACACUGGCUUUAAAUAAACUGUCUGUAAUAGAAGUUUCUAGAUUGAAUGGCCUACCCAAUUUACGUGAGCUAGAUUUAAAAUGCAAUGACAUAACAUCCUUAUCAGGGUUUGCUUCGACAAAUUUAACACAGUUGCUUUCAUUGGAUUUAAGCAACAAUUCAUUAGUAGGACUACCGGCCAAUUUUUUCCACCAUUCUCCACUACUAAGACGUGUAGAUUUAUCCAGUAAUCGAUUCAAGCAAAUACCUAAUUCGGCAUUAUCAGAAACAACUUUGCCGGGAUUGAACUGGUUAAAUCUGACAGAAAAUCCAUUGGUUAGAAUUCACGACAUAACCUCGACUAGUCGAUACCCAUCCUUGGAAGAAAUCCAUAUUAGUUACACUAAUUUAUCCAUUGUAACAAGUAAGGACUUUGAGUCCUUUCCAGCUUUACUGCACAUAUUUUUAGGACAAAAUAGAAUAUCCAGGAUAUCUCCAGGAGCAUUUGGCAAUCUACCCAAUUUAUUGACAUUAGAUUUAGGCGUAAACGAAUUAGAACUAUUGCCCCAAGAAAGACUGCAAGGAUUAAACUUAUUAAGGAUUCUAAAUCUCACUCACAAUCGUCUAAAAGAUUUGGAAGAAUUUCCAGCCGAUUUGAAGUCCCUUCAGAUUCUGGAUAUUUCGUUUAACCAAAUUGGAAGGAUCAGCAAAAGUACUUUUCAGAAUCUCGAAAAUUUAUCUGAGUUGUACCUUUUUGGAAAUUGGAUAUCUCUAGUGUCAAGUGAUGCAUUUAAACCCUUAAAGAAAUUAAGGACUUUGGAUUUAAGUAGAAACUAUCUAGAAAAUAUCCCCUUGAAUGCGUUUAGACCAUUGGAGACGCAAAUCAGGAGCCUUAGGACUGAAGAAAACCCUUUGUCAUGCAGCUGUGACUCGCAAGAACUCUGGGAGUGGUUGCGCGACCACCAAAAGCUAGUGGAGCGAACGGACGCUCUCGAACUGCGGUGUGAACAUCCUCCAGAACUUCGAGGAAGGGUCUUUCUGGAACUAGAUCCUGAACAAUUUUGUGAUCAACCCAUGGUUGUUAAACUAGGUAUUCAGGAUAUCCAACCCUUUUCUGUCUUGGUGUCGUGGCAAAGCAGAAAUCAUUCUGGUCUUAACGGGUAUCAAGUAGCCUACUAUUCGAUGGAUCGGAUAGAAGAAAUGGAGAUUCGUGGAAGAAAACUAGACCGUUCCUCCAGAUCUAUGAAGCUCUCAAAAUUGUAUCCUGACACCAAGUACCUGAUCUGCGUUCUCGCUUUGGGCAACUGGGCUUUCAACUUCAAAGAUAUCCCAUCUCAAAGUUUUCACAUUUCAGAAAACGAUUCCAAUGACAUGGAAAUAUUUGCUGAUACAAUGCGCCCUCUGUUGGUGGACUCACCUACAAGCAGAUGCGCAGAAGUUAACACUUUAGGAGCUCCAGAUAGCCUACACGUGGGAAUGGGGAUAUUGCCCGAUCACUCAAUGGGCACACAGUCUAUUUUGACAAGGAGGCUGGGACUUAUCAUAGGUUGUUGUAUGGGAUUUGUGGUUUUCGUGGGACUAGUAUCCGUGUUAGGGUAUCUUAAAGUGAAGAAGCAGAGGAGAGCGGUUAAGAGGGACCAACCUUUACCACCAGAGUAUCUUUCAUAUAGACAUUUUUCGAUUCAAAGUGGGGAAGCCGGAGUUCAUCCUCAUUUUAUCACUAAUAUGAAUACGACUGUGUUGAACUGAAUUGAGUUGUUAAGUUUCAAUGGUGCUGCAAAAUUUUGGGCUGAACACUUUUUCUUUAUAAAGGGUAUUUCAGAAAAAAUAACCAUAAAUUAAAAAACGAAAAGAAGUGGAUUUUUAAUCCAUUCGAAUGAUUCAAGUAACACUGAAUCUUUCUACGAAGUAAAAAAAAAUUAUAAGAAGGAAUGUUGUUUUUUUUAAAUAAUUGAAAGAGUUCUGGAUUCUGUAAGCCAGAACCAAAUUAAAGUUAUUAUUGGUCGAGAGAAUUAAUUAAAUUAUAUAUAAGUAUUUUUGCAACUAAAAUAUUCCUUAUCUUGAAAUUAUAUCUUUAUCUUGAAGGAAGAUUUUGGAUGGGAUGAUGUAUUUCCAAAAAUUAAUUAAUAGUAAAACAAACUAUUUAUUUAUUUAUUUGUUCAUUUCUUCAAACACCCUGUAGGUAUUACGAAGCAAUAAAAAACAAGUAUUAUUAAAAAAUAUACCUAUAACAUACUAUUUAUUUAAAACAUCAGGAGUACCUAAAAGUAUAUGUAUUUUUUAAAAGAUCUUGACUUGAUUUUUGUAAAACUGGAAAUAUUUCAAAAUACAAAAUAAUAAAUUAAUAGUCCUUUUGUAAAUUUUAAACAAAAUAAACAAGUAAUGUUCGAGAAAGUUGAAAGAACAUAGGUUAACACAGACAGUAAAACGUUUAGUUAUUUGUUUUUCAUGAAAAGUAGUUGGUACAAUUUUUAUAUUUUUUAACCCCUAAAAAGGAUUACAAUCAAAAUUUUGCGGCAACCAUUGACUUUUGUAUUAUAAAAGGACAUGCAUAACUGUUAUCAUUAAAAAAGCAAAAUUUUAUCUGUCAG